AUGACUGGAAACGAGUUCCGAUUUUUUUUAUCCUGCGACAUCAAUCUCCCCGUCACUUUCCGAAUUGAAAGAUUAGAAGGCAAAUUACCGCCGCAAAAGCUCCUUAAUUCAGAUGAUGUUGAUUCUGCUUCAGAGGAGAGAAGACCGGAGUUGUACGUUGAGUGCUUGUUGUACAUCGAUGGCGCGCCUUUUGGUCUUCCCAUGAGAACAAGGCUGGAAUCUUCAGGUCCAUCAUAUUGCUGGAACGAACUAAUUACAUUAAGUACUAAAUAUCGUGAUUUGACUGCAAAUUCACAACUCGCGGUCACCGUUUAUGAUGUUUCUUGUGGUAAGAGUGACGAAGUGGUUGGUGGGGCGACCAUUCAUCUGUUUAACAUGAAAAAAAAGCUUAAGACUGGUAAGCACAAGCUUAGACUUUGGUCAGGGAAAGAAGCGGAUGGUUCUAUCAAUACAAUCACUCCCGGAAAGGUUCCAAAGGAGGAGCGUGGGGAGUUGGAACGUCUGGAAAAGCUACAAAAUAGGUAUGAGAGGGGACAGAUUCAAAGAGUUGAUUGGCUUGAUCGUCUUGCAUUCAAGGCUAUGGAGAAAAUCAAGGAAUGUGAGAGUAUUAAAAAUGGAAGUUCUCAUGUAUAUAUUGUUGUUGAUUUCUGCAGUUUUGAACAUCGAGUGGCGUUCCAGGAAUCAGGAGCAAAUUUCCUAAUACCAUCUCCUAUAGCUUCCACAAAUGAACUGGUUACGGUUUGGGAUCCUGAAGUGGGAAAAAGUAACCCCUCAGAGAACAAGCAACUAAAGUUGGCUAGGAGUUUGACACGGGGCAUCAUUGACAGAGACCUCAAACCGAACUCUACAGAAAGGAAGUCAAUUCAAAGAAUAUUGAAAUACCCCCCAACAAGGACCUUGAGCGGAGAGGAGAAGCAGGAUCUCUGGAAAUUUCGUUUUUCAUUGAUGUCUGAAAAGAGGGCUUUGACAAAAUUUCUGCGUUGUGUUGAAUGGAGUGAUGUUCAGGAAGCAAAGCAGGCGUUAGAACUGAUGGGCAAGUGGGAGACAAUUGAUGUUUGUGAUGCACUGGAGCUUCUAUCUUCAGUUUUUGAGAGUGAAGAGGUCCGUGCAUAUGCUGUUACUGUUCUUGAAAGAGCUGAUGAUGAAGAGCUCCAGUGUUACCUACUUCAGCUGGUUCAAGCUCUUCGGUUUGAACGUUCCGAUAAAUCCAGCCUAAGUCAUUUCCUUGUGCAACGCUCAUUACGCAAUAUUGAGUUGGCUAGCUUUCUUCGAUGGUACGUUACAGUGGAACUUCAUGAUCCUGCAUAUGCAAAACGAUUUUAUUGUACCUAUGAGAUUCUGCAAGAAAGUAUGCGGAAGUUGGGCACUGGUGCCAACGGCAAUGGAGAUGGUUUUAAGUUAUGGCAGAGUUUGGAGCGUCAAAAAGAAUUGACUGCACAGUUGUGUUCUAUAAUGAGAGACGUGAGAAAUGUGAGAGGUGGAACUCAGAAGAAGAUUGAAAAGCUUAGGCAUCUUCUUUCGGGGCUUCUUAGUGAACUCACCUACUUUGAUGAGCCGAUUCGUUCCCCUCUAGCACCUGGAGUCCUUAUAACAGGGAUCAUACCAUCAGAGUCGUCAAUUUUUAAAAGUGCAUUGCAUCCCUUGCGUCUGGCUUUCCGAACAGCAAGUGGUGGAAGUUGCAAGAUCAUAUUUAAAAAGGGAGAUGAUCUUCGGCAAGACCAGUUGGUUAUUCAAAUGGUGUCACUAAUGGAUCGAUUGCUUAAGUUGGAGAACCUCGAUCUGCAUUUAACUCCAUACAAAGUGUUAGCAACUGGACAUGAUGAAGGCAUGCUGGAAUUCAUACCAUCUAAAUCUUUAGCUCAGAUUCUCUCAGAACAUCGGAGUAUUACAAGCUACCUGCAGAAAUUUCAUCCUGAUGAAGAUGGACCAUUCGGGAUUACUGCCACGUGUCUUGAAACAUUUAUUAAAAGUUGUGCAGGCUACUCUGUCAUCACAUAUAUACUGGGCAUUGGUGACAGGCACCUUGAUAAUUUGCUGCUCCAGGAUGAUGGCCGUCUUUUCCAUGUUGAUUUUGGUUUUAUUCUCGGUCGAGACCCAAAACCCUUUCCACCACCUAUGAAACUUUGCAAAGAAAUGGUUGAAGCUAUGGGCGGAGCAGAAAGUCAAUACUAUACACGGUUCAAAUCAUACUGUUGUGAAGCAUACAACAUCCUCAGGAAAUCGAGCAACCUAGUACUAAAUCUGUUUCAUUUGAUGGCGGGGUCCAACAUUCCCGAUAUAGCUUCUGAUCCUGAAAAAGGCAUUCUUAAGCUUCAAGAAAAGUUCCGGUUGGACUUGGACGAUGAGGAGUCAAUACAUUUUUUCCAGGAUCUUAUCAACGAGAGUGCCUCCAGAGCCCCCAGACUAGACUGGGAGUCGGGUACCACAUUUUUCAGGUUGCCCUCCGGUCAUAGGCCCCUCGCAAGAACUAAUUUUUUAGGGGUUAAAAGGAAGAAAGAGAAAUGGGGUUGA